AUGGUGUUCCUCAAGGAGGCCAUUUUCACCAUUGUUUUUACAUUAUUUUUAAACAUUAUAAAACAAAUACUGCCAAACUGUCAAUUUCUUGCUUUUGCUGACGACCUUAAAUCAUUCAAAACAAUAUCAUCAAUAAAUGGCUGUCACCUACUCCAGUCUAGUUUGGACAAUCUGGUCUUCUACUUAAAUUCACUAGGUCUAAGCCUCAAUGUGGAUAACUGCCAAACUAUGACAUUUACCAGAUGUCUAUCUAACAUUCCAUUCCAGUAUACCAUAAAUGAUUCUACCCUUGCCUCUGUGUUGAGUGUGAAAGACCUAGGUAUUAUCUACACCCCUACACUUGAUUUUUAUCCACACAUUGAGUCAUCAUCUUGUAGGGCUCUCAAAGUACUGGGAUUUGUUAAGAGAAUAGCGUCUGAAUUUAAGCUUCAGUCCUUAAUAAAACUAUUAUAUUGCUCCCUAGUUCGGUCUAUUGUUGAAUAUGGAUUAGUGCUGUGGGACCGGCACACAACCUCAAACUCUCUCAUACUAGAGCGUGUCCAAAGACGUUUCCUAUCUUUUGCCUCAUACUCAGGACCGGCUCAAGCAAAAAUAGUGAACUAG